GAGUCGUUUUAAAGGUACGUCUCAACUAAUGCUACUACUUACACCGCUAUUACUACUACUACUACUCAAGCGGGAAGCGUCUUGUACGUCUAUUCGGAGGGAUAGUUUCUGCGUCUGAAGCCUUUUCCGAGUAACAACAUGGCAAACGCUCUGGAAAGCUAUGUUAAUCAUCUUGUUUCUGUCAUAACAGGAGAUGGAAGAAAUAUUGUGGGAACUCUUAAGGGCUUUGAUCAGACAGUAAACCUUAUUAUGGAUGAAUGUCAUGAAAGAGUGUAUAGUUCUCAUCGAGGGGUGGAGCAAGUUAUUUUAGGUCUCUAUAUUGUCAGAGGUGAUAAUGUAGCCCUGAUAGGUGAAGUAGACGAAGAUUUAGAUGCAAGACUAGAUUUAGAGAACAUUCGAGCAGAGCCACUAAAUGAAUGCAAAACGUGAUUGAUGAACUUAAGUGAUUAUUAAAAGACAAGAUGUUAGUUUUUGUGUAGACAACAUGUUUUUUUUAUGAGUAGCUUGUAUUGUUUUGAUUUAAAUAUUUUAAUUUUUCAUGUAGCUGAAUUAAAUAAGCAAAAUGUAUUUGAAUGUUAAUUUCCAUUCAAUGGUCCUUUGAAGUGAAUUACAGGAUGUGGCCAUUUUCUUGUAGAAAUAUAACACUUCUUUUGGGUUUUUGCUUUUAAAUGUAGGUUAUAUGAAAACUGUGUGUAUUGCUUUUUAACAGGAAUAAUUUUUUAUAGUUACAAGUAAAUGUGGACCCAGAAAGUGUCAUAUUUCUGUUGUCUUUGGAGAAGAAAGAGAGUAUAUGAACACAAUUAUUGCUAAAUAUAGACAAAUCAGUUUGUGCAAUAAUUGUGUAUCAUAAUUAAAAUUGUAAAAGGAAAUGACCCAUCUUGACAUUGAGCCAAUUUAAAUGGAGUAGCCAUUCACCUAUUUCUCAUAUGGCAAAAUAAAUAAUUUUGUACCUGA